CUCUCUCCAACUUCACCUCGGUUGUUGGGUGUUAGUUUCGCGUCGCCGCGGGGUUAAGGGUCGUCGUCUUGACUCCGUGACUCCUCUGAGACACCAUGUUUACCACCACCGGAUCCCGGGGCCUCUAUAAGGCUCCUCUGUCUAAAGGCCUCCUGCUGGUGCUCAAUGGGCUGACUGUGAUGCUCACUCUGCUGCCUCACUACCAAGACAUGUUCCUAUACAGUCUGCAGGCUGUCACCCAGCAGCACCAGGUGUGGAGGUUGUUGUUCGGCAGGCUGGUCUGUCUGGAUGUGAAGGAUGCGUUCUGCAGCAGCCUGCUCAUCUAUAACUUUAGAAUCUUUGAGAGGAGGUUUGGCACCCGGAAGUUUGCUUCCUUCCUAUUUGGCACCUGGUGUCUGUCUGCACUGAUGGAUUUUCUGCUGGCCCAGGCGUUUCAGUUUCUAUUUAACUAUGAAGUGGAGGAACUGCCUGCAGGACUGCUCGCUCCAGUCUUCUCUUUAUUUGUGCCUUUCUACCUGUCUAUCCCUGCAAUGCCAGUCACUCAAGUCCUGGGCCACAUCCACAUCACCAACAAGUCUCUGGUCUAUAUCGUUGGCUUGCAGCUGUUGACUUCCAGCCCCUUCAUGUGGCUCCUUGCACUCAGUGGACUGAUCUCGGGUGGACUGUACCACUCCAAUGUUCUCUGGCUACAGAAGCUCCUCUUUGUGCCUGCCUGGGUGUCUUGUAUUGGACGAUAUAUUCUGGAGCCCAUUUUCUCAAGCUCCCAACCAACUCAUGAGACGCCCCUGGGGAUGGGCGCCACACUGGAUAUCCAGAGGCAGCAAAGGAUGGACAUGCUCGACCAACAACUGCUGCUGGCACAAUACAACGAGGCGCGGAGGAACACCAGGCAGCAACCACAGGGUGGGUUGUUACAGUGGACUCGGUUAUUCCCCUCCUUGAGACACAGAGGACAGAACCGCCCUCCAGUGCAGCCCCGCCCACAGGCUCAGACACAGCCCUCCACACAGCCGCCACUAUUGGACAACUCUCCUGUCGCUGAGGAGCAGGUUGCAAUGUUAGUAGAAAUGGGCUUUUCCAGGAUUGAUGCCCUCGAGGCUCUCAGAGCUUCAAACAACGACAUCAACAUGGCAACCAACUUCCUCUUGCAACACUGAGAGAGAGAGAG